ACUUUAGUUUAAGUCUUGGCAGUCGAGUUAUGGAUCCCCGAUUAGAAGACGAAGAAGCCUUCACCCUAACCGAUUUACCUUAUCUUGAAUUUAAAGAUGAAGACUUCUUGGUUUCUUAUAAAAAACCUAAAGAUGGAACGCCUGAGAGAAUAGAAGCCUCAGUUGCAGAUUACGCAAAAGGCUUUGAUACUCUUCCAAGAGAUAGAUCAAUGUUAGAAUUAGAAGGAAAAAAAACUGGAAAGAAGACGAAACGCUUUGGAACGAUUUUAUUGGGCGUUACAAUUUUCUUUUUAAUGAUUAUUGCAAUAGUUAUUUAUUUGUAUUUAGCAAGAGAAAAUAAAUCGUCGAAACUGGUAGCAUCAUUUCAAUAUAAAGAAUGCGAAAAUACAGGCGUCUAUGAAAAGUUGAAAGAGACGCUUAUAGAAAGAUCGAUGCGCUUUAUACCGGAUGAAAUAAUAGAAAAAGAUGACAAUUGCUACCCUGUGACCCUCAUUGGAAGGGUAGAACUGUUGGACUCUGGUAGAAAGUUAACGUGUAGAACUUUAAUGAACAGUCUUGGUGAAUUUCUACAAGAUUACGGUGACAGCAUAGACUUUUCGUGCCAAUUUUAA